AUGGCCCGGAUGACGUCACUCUCUCACUCGCCGUCGCUCGACGUUAAGCGCCUCGCCGUCGUCAUCGCUGUACUGCUCUCGCUCUCCCUCUGCUGCGCAGCGCGUGGCGGCGCGCGUCGAGAGCUGCUGGAUGCGAGCGACGGCCUCCUGACUGGAACGCAAAGGGCGCUCUUCACCUUCACCGUGAAGGCCGUGCCGAGGACCCCAGCGCCAGUAUUCUCCAACUCCUCCUACCGCACCAACACGGGCCAGCUCGUGGCAACGUUUGCGUGCGUGCCCAAGCCCACCACCACACUUGGCACCUACCGUUGCACCGCCAGUUCUCUCGCCAACAUCACCGUGCCGUUCAAGCCAGUGAACAGGCCCAAGGCGCUGGUGAAUGCGGGGUUUUUCUCCAAUCCCACCGCCUUCUACUCCGCCAUCAAAGUGAAUGGCAUCAUGCUGCGCGGCAGUAUCACCGCCUCUGUUGCUAACCUGUGA